CGGCGGCGUGCGCCCUUCCGCACGUGGGGCCCGGGCGGCGCGCUCCUGGGGCUGACGCCGGGCGCGGGAGUGCGGGCGGCUGCAGUGAGACUCCCACUCCGGCCAGGCAUGAGCCGUUACGUUCUGCCGCUGUCCGUGCUGGGCACGGCCGUGGGCGGCGCCGUGCUGCUCAAGGACUUUGUCUCCGGCGGGGCUUGUCCCAGCAAGGCCACCAUUCCUGGGAAGACUGUCAUAGUGACUGGUGCCAACACGGGCAUCGGGAAGCAGACCGCCCUGGAGCUGGCCAAAAGAGGAGGCAACAUCAUUCUCGCCUGUCGAGACAUGGAGAAGUGCGAAGCAGCGGCCAAGGAGAUCCGAGGGGAGACCCUGAAUCACCGCGUCAACGCCCGGCACCUGGACUUGGCCUCCCUUAAGUCCAUCCGAGAGUUCGCGGCGAAGGUCACUGAAGAGGAGGAGCAUGUUCACAUCCUGAUCAACAACGCGGCUGUGAUGCGGUGCCCCCAUUGGACCACCGAGGACGGCUUUGAGAUGCAGCUUGGCGUUAACUAUCUGGGCCACUUCCUUUUGACGAACUUGCUGCUGGAUAAGCUGAAAGCCUCCGCCCCUUCGCGCAUCAUCAACGUCUCGUCCUUGGCCCACGUUGCUGGGCACAUAGACUUCGAGGACUUGAACUGGGAGAAGAGGAAGUACGACACGAAGGCGGCCUACUGCCAGAGCAAGCUGGCCGUUGUCCUCUCCACCAAGGAGCUGAGCCGGCGGCUGCAGGGCACGGGCGUGACUGUCAACGCCUUGCAUCCCGGUGUGGCCAGGACAGAGCUGGGCAGACACACGGGCAUGCACAGCUCUGCCUUCUCCAGCUUCACACUCGGGCCCAUCUUCUGGCUGCUGGUCAAGAGCCCCCAGCUGGCGGCCCAGCCCAGCGUCUACCUGGCCGUGGCGGAGGAGCUGGAGGGUGUUUCUGGAAAGUACUUUGAUGUACUCAAAGAGAAGGCUCCAGCCCCGGAAGCUGAGGAUGAGGAAGUGGCCAAGAGGCUUUGGGCUGAAAGUGCCCGCCUGGUGGGCUUGGAGAUGUCCCAUGAGAGGGGACAGCCGCUCCCCGAAUAACUGCUGGAACAGGCGAGGAAGCCACCGGCGAGGCAGAGCCACUCCUGUGGCCGGCAAGCAGCCAAACCUAGGUGUCCUGCCCGCAGCAUCCACCAGGUGGCAGUAUUGACAAGGGCCCGGCUAGUCAGAGCCAUGGGUUUCCUAGUAGUCAUGUUUGGAUGUGAGAGUUGGUCCAUAAAGAAGGCUGAGCACCGAGUCUUUCGAACUGUGAUGCUGGAGAAGACUCUUGAGAGUCAACCAGUCCAUUCUAAAGGAAAUAAACCCUGAAUAUUCAUUGGAAGGACUGACGCUGAAGCUGAAGCUCCAGCACUUUGGCCACCUGAUGUGAAGAACUGUCUCAUUGGAAAAGACCUUGAUGCUGGGAAAGAUUGAAGGCAGCAGGAGAAGGGGACGACAGAGGAUGAGAUGGUUGGAUGGCAUCACUGACUCAACGGACAUGAGUUUGAGCAAACUCUUGGAGACAGUGAAGGAUGGGAAGCCUGGCGCACUGCAGUCCAUGGGGCCGCAAAGAGUCAGACACGAGUGAGUGACUGAACAACAAAUUGUCCAAGGGGUGCUGACUGCCAUGCCUGCGGCUCCCUCUAGGUGGUGGCAUUGCCUCUUUUCUGGCUGUAGUGGAUCGGCCCCCAGGUGAGCACCUGGCCCGGGGCUGGCUGGCGCAGAGUGCCCUGCUGCCGACAGGUGAGGUGGGCCAGGGGACGCCUCCUUUGGGAAUCCACACCAGGAGUUUUGGGGGUGGUGUCACCUGCCUCUGGUGGGGACCAUGCCUGAGACCGGAUGGCCCGUGGGAAGGUUUGUCUGACGCCGCUUGAGUGGGUUCGUGGUCCUCGUGUGACUGUGUGACCUCCGGUCUCCUCUCUCAGCCUUGGCUUCCCCAGCCGUUCACUGGACUACCUCAUCACAUGGGGACGAGUUUCCCCUGGCUCAUCACCUUCCUUGCCAGUGGCUAUUUACUGAGGCCCUGCCGCGUGCUGGACCCUGGCGGGGUGCUGGAGACGCCCCCCCAGGAGCAGACCCUGUUGUCUGCAUAUCACACUGGGGGCGUCCCGGGGUGGGGGCGGGCAGGGGGGAACCGCUGAGGAGCCCGGAGGCCCGGGACCAUGGCCAUCCCUGCAGUUCCUGUGGGAGCUUCAACCACAGAGUCUCCAGCUUGCUCUUUGAUUAAAGAAAAGCAAAACUGCAACUGAGUCAUAGGUUUCAUUUUCUUCCUUUAUGUGUGUGUGUGUGUGUGUGUGUGGCGGGGGCGGUGCUAAGGAGCUGGCCUGAAAGAACUUGUAUUUAUUACAUUUAGAGAAUGGGCUGUUGACUUAACUACCGCCAGGGCAGUAAACAGCUCAGAAGUUCAGACUUUCGGAGAUGAAAGGGGCCCUUUCGUGAAAGGGUUCCUCCUUUCACGUGGUGACAGCCCUUGAGGUCUGGGUGCCUUCCGACUUAGAAGCGGGGCUGACGCUCCGCUUGGGCACAGGGUGGGGAGGCCCCCAGGGAGCUCAGUAAUCGAGGUAAAACGUGUCUUAACGUUAAAACGUUUAAUACUUGGGAGAACUGUGGAGGCCACAUCCUACGAUGCGCAGAAGGGCAGAGAAGGACCCUGUCCCAAACGCCAUCAGUGCCGAGGGGGUGGGUGGGAGGACUAGCCGAAGACGCCCCAAUGCUCCAGGGACGCGGCGGGUGUUGCUUCUGUUCCCGUUGCGCGGACAAUGGCCCAAGGACUGGUGUGGGCUGACCGGGCCCCACCUCCCCCUCUGUGCCCACUGUCUUCUCACUGUGUGCGCUGUACCUGGACACUCACUCCUUUUUUUUUUUUGAAAGACAACGGGAUUAAAAUGAAAAAA